CUGAGGCGCGCUCCAGUCCAGCAGAAAAAACUGAUCCUGUCCUCCGGCCGCGGGGGGCGCUGUCCUCUCGUCACAGAAGGGCGGUUACUUUUCUGUUUCCGGGUUUUUGGAGAGCAACGUGUGGAGGCAACCCGCAUCUCGGCACCAAAACACUCCGACACUCCGAACCAAAGUGACCGAGCGGGAACGACUGUAGUCCGGCCUGACACAUCGGAGACACCGGAACGUCCUGCAGCCAUGGGCCCGCCUCGCUCGAAGAAGCGGCGGCCGACGUUUCGCCGCCUGCUGAAGACGAGCGGCGUGAAGCUGGAGAACAAGCUGAAGAACCGCCAGCUGAAGCAGCAGAACGUCGCCAAGAAGCAGCGCAAGGAGCAGAAAAGGCUGAGGCAGGCGGUGAAGGGCGCCGUCGGCGAAACGCCCCGCCCCCUGGAGACGUACAGGAAGAGACCAGAGGAGGAGGAGGAGGAGGAGGAGUUUCUGGAGAGCCUACCCACAGACAUGAUGGAGCAGGAAGACCUGCAGCAGAUGACCGCCAUGGCUCGCCAGGCGUCCUUCAUCACCAGGGACCUGUCGUCAUGCGGGCCGGUGCAUGGCGGGAAGAAGCGGAAAUCGGACGUAGCUCGCAGCUACGAGAAGGUUCCCAGGAAGAUGGCGAGGACGGAGGAAAAGGAAGUGAUCCACCUGCUGCCGAUCAAAGACAAGACGGGCGUGAUCCCACAGAGCGUCGAGAGGGUGGUGGAGAAGCAGCCGGAGGAGGAGGAGCAGGGGGAGAAGCAGGAGGAGGAGCCUGAUGAUGUCGACACAGAGGCGGAGCCACCGAGCUGCCAGGAGAUGACGCCGGCGCAGAGAGAGCGGCUCAGGAAUCAGAAGCUUAACGAGAGGAAGCUGACCAUCGCCGGCCUGGCGUCGGCCAUCGUGUCGGACCCCAUCGGCAGCAUAAAGCGCGUGAAGGAGCUGCGGGGGAUGCUGAUGGAGGCCGACCCCAGCGUGGCGGUGACGGUCAGAAAGCUGGUGAUGGUUUCUUUGAUGGAGGUCUUCAAAGACAUCGCCCCCACCUACAGGAUCCGACCUCUGACCUCGGCGGAGAAGACCGCUAAGGUGAAGAAGGAGACGCAGGUGCUCCGAGAGUUCGAGGAGGGUUUGGUGAGUCAGUACAAGUUCUACCUGGAGGACCUGGAGCAGACUGUCAAAGACUGGAAGCAGAAGAAGAAGAAGCGCAGUCAGGCGGUGGCGCUGCAGGCGUACGGCGGGCUGGCCGAGGUCGCCGUCCGCUGCCUGUGCGAGCUGCUCGUCGCUCUGCCUCACUUCAACUUCCACAACAACAUUGUGGUCGUCCUGGCGCCGCUGAUGAACGACUCCACCAAGAAGGUGUCCGGCGUGUGCUGUGACGCGUUCAGGAAGCUCUUCCAGCAGGACAGAGCGGGCGGGGCCUCGCUGGCCACGGUGCGAGUUAUCUCCGGCCUCGUGAAGAGCCUGAACUACAACGUCCGACCCGAGCUGCUGCGGACGCUGCUGAGUCUGAGGAUUAAAGAGGUGGAGAUGAAGAAGGACAUCGAGGCUGCGGCACCAAAGAAGAAGUUCAUGACCAACAAGGAGAGGAAGAAGAACCUGUCGAGGAUGCAGAGGAAGUGGAAGAAGGCUGAGGAGAAGCUGGAGAAGGAGCUGCUGGAAGCCGAAGCCUCAGAGAGCAAAGACAAGAAGAUCAAGCUGCACACAGAGACGCUGAACAUCGUCUUCCUCAUUUACUUCAGGAUUUUGAAGAAGGCUCAGAAAUCAGUUCUUCUCCCUGCAGUUCUGGAGGGGCUCGCCAAUUUUGCUCACCUCAUCAACCUGGAGUUCUUUGAUGACCUGCUCAACGUGCUGCAGGACCUCAUCCAAGCAGGAGAUUUGUCCAAUAAGGAGACGCUGCACUGCAUCCAGACCGUCUUCACCAUCCUGUCAGGACAAGGUGACGUCCUGAACAUCGACCCGCUCAACUUUUACUCUCAGUUAUAUAAACUGCUGCCCAGGCUCCACGCAGGGGCGCCCAACGAUGACGCCAUCAUUGUGCUGCGGUGUCUGGACGCAAUGCUGACCCGCCGCAGGAAGCAGGUGACCCUACAGAGGGCGAUGGCGUUUGUCAAAAGGCUGACCACGAUCAGUCUGCACGUAAUGCCCAACGCCAGCGUGGGAAUUCUUGCCGCCAACCGAGCCACGAUGCAUGUGAGUCUGAACGUGUGUGUUGACAUCCUGUCUUCGUCCCCUCGUCCCCAACCGCCGACCCUCCCUGAGCAGAACUCCUCCCUGCCCGGUCCCACUGUCGGCAGAGUGCUUACUCAUCGAUCGUGAUUUCAGGGGUUUUCU